CCUCCUCCUCCUCCUCCUCUUCGCGGCGGCGGCGGCUUUCUCGGCCCCAGCUCCCUCCGCUUCGCCUGGCUCCUCCGGGAGGCUCCCGCGCCGUGCCGGCGAGGACGGAGUGCUCUGUGGCACUGCCUGCAUCCUCUUGUUUGAGGACUGUGCUCCUGGGAACAGGAAUUGGAGGCAUUGCCUUGGGAGGGACUUGGGCAGAGCCUUGCACAGGAGGCACUGCUGCAAGGAGCUUCUGGGAGUUCCAGGGCUGAAGAGACCUGUCUCUGUCUGGAGACCUCUUGGUAAAGGUGAAGACCUCCUGACAAGCCAGGCAGCCUUAGCAGGAGCUCAGAAAUCUUAUAUCAAGCUUCUCGGAGGAUUUCAGUCCCAGCCAUAUUAUUGUGAUGUUGGUGAACUGUAUCUGAAGUUGAUGAUGGGGAAAAGAAGACCACAAAGCUUGCUGGGAUACUGAGAGAGAGCCUGGAGACAUUUCAUCUACCAUACAAGCUUAGAGAGUGUUGAUUCUGAAGCAGAACAACUGCAGCCCGUGUCUGAAGGCUGUUCUACUCAUCCGAACAUGCAGCAAGUGUGCCUGUGUGAGUGCUGCUCUGCAAGCAGAGGGCAAAAAACCCCAAGCCCAAACAACAUGAUGCUGUGUUUGUGCCAGGAAUUCAAGCUUUCCUAUAACCACUAAUGCUGUGCAGAAUCCCCUGGAGCAUUACAUCCCUCCGUUCAGAGUGCAGACAAGAGUUUGGCAUUGCGCUUUUACAGAUCGCUGCCGGUCGCCGAGCGCAAAGGGAGCGGCGAGACUCCUGCAUCUUUCAGCGAGAAGAAAGGAGUCAGCAGAGCAGACUAAUACGGACUUGUGUCGAGUGGCCUUGCCCUACAAAGGCUGCCUUUAAAAGAGAAACGCAGUGUUAUUUAAUGAGCUGUGAGAUGAGGUGCUGCUGCUAACGCUCAGAUCCCAGGAUUCAUCGGCUAUUCAUUGUGCUUAAUGUACAUGUUUCUGCACCGUGCAUUUAGGAGAUCCCAGAGAAGAAUCCAAAACGGCUGCGGGGGAAAGACCACCAAACAUGCCUACAGAAACACUACCGACAGGUAGCAUGGUGAAGCCGGUCAGCCCUGCCGUGACUUUCACGUCCGCUGUUCCUCUCCGCAUCCUGAACAAAGGACCCGACUAUUUUCGCAGGCAGGCGGAGCCUAAUCCGAAAAGACUGAGUGCGGUGGAGAGGCUGGAAGCCGACAAGGCGAAAUAUGUCAAGAGCCAGGAGGUCAUCAAUGCCAAGCAGGAGCCUGUGAAGCCGGCAGUGCUAGCGAAGCCGCCGGUCUGUCCUGCGGCCAAGCGGGCCCUGGGGAGCCCCACCUUGAAAGUCUUCAGCAACAAUGCCAAGACCGAGAGUGGCGUCCAGAGAGAAAAUCUGAAACUGGAGAUUCUGAAGAACAUCAUCAACAGCUCUGAAGGCUCCAGCUCAGGUUCAGGGCAUAAGCACGGUCCCCGAAACUGGCCGCCUCACAGAGCUGAUUCAACAGAGCUGAACCGGCACUCGUUUGCUGAGUCUUUGAAAGUUUACCCCACCCAGGGCCGUAGCAGCCCGCAGGAGAGCAGCUCCAAUGUCAGCAGAAGGCUUCUAGAUCAGUCAGCUGAGACUUUCUUGCAUGUCUCUCACAGCUCCUCAGACAUUAGGAAAGUAACUAGUGCAAAGCCCUUAAAAGCAAUACCCUGCAGUAGUUCAGCCCCACCUCUGCCUCCAAAGCCCAAAAUCGCUGCCAUCACCACCCUGAAAUCCCCAGAGAUUGAGGCAGUCGAGUCUGGAUGCGGAGUUAGUAGAAGACCCUCCCUACAGCGAUCAAAAUCAGACUUGAGCGACAGAUACUUUCGUGUCGACGCAGAUGUUGAACGAUUCUUUAACUACUGCGGACUGGAUCCUGAAGAGCUUGAAAACCUCGGGAUGGAAAACUUUGCAAGGGCUAACUCUGAUAUUAUAUCCCUCAACUUUCGCAGUGCAAGCAUGAUUAGCUCAGACUGUGAACAGUCUCAGGACAGCAACAGUGACCUUAGAAAUGAUGACAGUGCCAAUGACCGUGUGCCAUACGGCAUUUCUGCCAUUGAAAGAAAUGCCAGAAUCAUCAAGUGGUUAUAUAGCAUCAAGCAAGCUAGAGAGUCACAGAAAGUGUCCCAUGUGUGAGAGAAAAAUCCACCGUAGAAAAAGCAAGGACUGUAUCUUUGUCUGUGAAUAUUCAGUUGUGAAGGGUUGUGAAGUCGACUUGAAGUCUUGUACCCUUCUCAAAUCUCUUUGUGUUGCUUGUUGUGCAAUGUUUCCAAGUUGCAUGCCUGUCAACAUGUGAGCUGAUCUGGCUUCCACUUGAACAAUAACUAACUACAAAGCGUGGCUCAGCAUACACAUUAUCUGCCAAAAGUUUAAGACGAGAAUCUAAUUAGAGCUUCGGUAUAAUCAAAGUGUUUACAUGGAAGGGUUAUAUGACUUCUUUGGUAUUUAUGUGGUUCCUUGUGGAUUUUAUAUAUGUCACUUUUUGUCUUAAUGCAGAUAUUGUCAACUGACGUUACUAGUUUCUGAGUUGAAACAGGAUCCCUUGGGGGGGGGGGGGGGGGGGGCGGGGGGGGAAAUAGAAUUGGCCAAAAUAAGAGGUUUAGGCAUACAACAAUAGGCAAAGCAACCUUAUCUCUUCUUGAAAGUGCAUUAUUGGUACAUAUGAAACUGCUUCUAAAAGGCUACGCUCUUAAAUUGUGUGUCGUUGUUAAACUAUAUAUCCCUACUUGUAGUAAGGGACUGUUCGGUAAAGGUUUCUUUUUUCUAGGUAAGCUCCCUCAGUUUUACAGCAGAAGUAGUCCAGUGACUCUGCUUGACCUCUCAUAAACUAAAUGAGUCCUGCCUUUGGGUUAUUGUAAGCAUUUUAAUGAUUUUGUAUUAUCCCUGCUGGAAAAGCUUAAACAAAGUUGGAGUCAACAGAUGAAAACAGAGUAGGUACAGGAUGUUGUGGGUUUGAUUUUUACUCAAAGAUUCCUGGUCUUAAACUUUUGACAGGAAUGAUUAGAUCCUAUAGCUGAUAUUGAAUGCCUUUAUUAGUCAAACACAUCAUGACUACAAAUUCCAUGCUGUCUUUUAAUUUUUGUUGUAGGACUAUUUGAACAGUUAAUGAACAAAAAUGGAAACACACAGCCAUAUCAAUAUAACACCUCCUGUUCAGAAGUAAAUACACUCAGUAGCUGAACUAUAUCAAAAAAAUUGUGAUUAUGUUGUCUUGCAUAUGUUAUAUCUAAGGCUGUGAAAGUUUGUUACAGCUCUAGGAAAGUGUAGAAACAUGACAGUAUGUAGCUUUGCUAUUUUUUUUUUUUUUUUUUUUUUUAAUCCCUCCUCUUUAUGAUGGUUAGUGCUGCAGGUCAACCUGUUACAAAUCUUUUGACAAUCUGUGUCUUCCCAGUGGUUUGUUUAACUGUCAUUUCAACAGACAGUGGUGGUGUGGUAGCAGAGAAGUUGAAAGUACAGUGGUCUGCUUCAUUAUUAUUGUAUACAUGCUUUGAAGUAAAUUGCAGCACUACCUUAUACUUCAUCAGCUAAUAGGAAACUUUUUUAUUGUGUAAAUGCUGUAAGACUUUGUAUAUACUUCAGUUGUUACGAAAUCUUUAAAAGGAAGAGUGUUAUGCUAAUAAAUAGCUCCUGGUGCAGGUAUGGUAGGGUUUUUGUUCUUUUUUUACCCCUCCCAUUCUUAAAACUAUAUCAGGAACUCAAUUGCAGUGUGUUUUAGUGCUGUAGAAGGUCUUGGUUAAAUAAUAGUUCAGUAAAAGGUUACUUUUACUGAAGUGCUUUUCAGAAUAUAAUUUUUUAUAAAGUAACUAUAGCAGCAUGAUCUGUCUGAAGAACUAGAAAAGAUUUUCAAGACUCCUAAAAUAGCUUGCUUCUUCCUUACCUAGCAAUGUUACUGCUCCCGUUUAUAGCAUCUGUUCAUAAUGCAUCACUGCAGUCUUCUGAAUUAUUCUUCAGUAGUGCUUAUUUAUAUAUUUGAAUAUUAAAGGUGUUUUACAAAGUCGGGUUCUAUCUUUUCUCUAAGCCUGUGGCUCAUCUUCUCACUGAUAGCCACAGUUCAUGCAGGCAAAACUGGAAGCAGAGCCACACAGUCGUUUGUUGCCUAUGGAAUUAACCUACAUCAGGUUUUAUAUAAUUGUUUUCCAAAUGGUUGUUCAUGGGGCAAGGGGGCGGGGGGGGGGUGGGGGGGGUUGGGGAAAGCACACAUUCAGUUUCAGGAGGCUACUCUAUGGUUUUUACCGUUGGUUUCACGACCUAAGAUUUGCAACAUUCCUAGUUCGGUCAAAAAAAUGAGGAGCUGUGUAUUUCAGCUACAGGCACAUUUGUGACAUUUAAAGCUCCAUGGGUUUCAGUUGGCAUUGACAUCACACUGGUUUUUCAAGCAUAUUUUUCCAAUAGUAAGUUCUACUCAGUUCAGUGACUAUUUUGCCAAGGAAAAUAAUGCUUAAGGGAUUCAAGCCAAGUGUAAUGCAGCUGUACAGCAAUGAAAUAAAGAAGUUAAAAACAAAAUAAAAAUGCACUCACAUUAUUCUCUCUCAAUUGUUUUAAAAAUUAUGACAAACACGCUAUCUCAACUGUUGUCAGCCAAAAACAGUAAUAAAGAAGCCUGUAUAACUAGAAAAUGGAUUAGAGCAUAUGCUAGUAUUCUGAAGUUGUUUCCCAGGGUUUGUUAGGAAGCCAUAGGCUCUUGAGAAAUCAAAUUCAUUUCCUUUCAAUGCCACAAGGGCUUUAGGCUUGUGAGCUAUCUGUAAGAGAGCAUUUCCUCACCCGAGAUCUUAAGCAGCACGUUUGACACCGCGCAGGCUCUGACUGCACUCUCCCUGUUGCAUGCAAUACGCGCACGAAGAAGGCUUUACAGGACCCAGACCUUCACAGUCAACUGAACUUGCAGCUCUGGUGAGAUUGCAGUAAUAGAAAUCACAAGACUGCAAAAUGCCCACCAGGCUUUGAACACGCAGGUAGCAAUUGCCUUCAUUUGUCGCUUCAUUACGGUUUAUGCAGAUAGGGUUUAUGUAUUUAUAGUCUUGCCAUUACCUGUACGUUUGCAUAAAAACCAAUUUGCUGGUG